AUGAAGACCUCUGUUCUUUUCGUUCUUGCUAGUACUGCUUUGACACUGACCACUGCACUACCGUACAAUGGUCUCACCUCAAGAGCUGCCGCUGCGGUAGCCAUCAAUGAACGAGAUACGACCUGCCCCGAUGGACGUAGUGGGUACAACUGUGCAGAGCGCCGUGAUACGUUUGGCACAGAUGGUCGCAGUGGCUACAACACUAUAGGCCAGCGUGAUGAGACUUGUCCCGACGGACGAAGUGGAUACAACUGUAAUGAGAAACGGGACAGUGCUGACCCCGACGGCCGGAGUGGAUACAAUAACGUGAACGAGCGUGAUGAAGUUUGUCCUGACGGUCGCAGCGGCUAUAACUGCACUGAGAAGCGGGAUACAGACACAAAUGGUAGAAGUGGCUACAACAAUGUAAAUGUCCGCGAUCAGUCCUGUCCUGAUGGUCGUAGUGGCUACAACUGCAAUGAGAAGCGUGACGAUGCGUACACGGACGGCCGAAGUGGUUAUAAUUAA